UUCUUUCUACAGCAAUGGCUUCUACUAUGGUAAUGGAAAACGCUUUCCGCAAUUUGUUUCGUGUGCUUAACAGUACUACGAGUGAGAUGAUACUGGAUGGUAAACGCGUGCCGAAUAGCAUCCUGCCUGAGUUCUCCAAGUUCCAGAACGGGUUGGAAAAGUUGAGUCUGAUUGACUGUGACCUGUGGUCAUUGGACGGUUUUCCGUACAUGCCUAACCUGCGCGUUCUGAUGUUGGGGGAUAAUCACCUGGACAACAUAGACAUCAUCGCCGACAAGUGUCCUAACCUGGUCAAGCUCUCCCUGGUCAACAACAAGCUGGCCUUUCGUGAUGACUUGGAGCUGCUGACCCGUCUGACCCAUCUGCGCUCGCUGGAUGUGGAGGCCAACGCCCUGUGCGACAUCCGUGGACAUGACCGUUGGUUGGCUGACAAGUUCCCAACGGUCACCCGGUUUAUCAUCACCGCGUACGACACCGACACGGAUGACGACUCUGAGGAGGACUGGGAGCUAGAACCGUUCAUUUGCGACGAAUCGCCAUUGGAGGACAGCGAUAACGAUGGCCAACAGGACGAGAACGACCAACCGGAUGAUAAUGCUAUUCAAAUUGAUUGA